UUCUUUUCUCUUCCUUUAGCCUAGCAUUACCAGGAUGGAAAAUGAUGAAAGUGUAUUAAGGAGGAAAUUAGAAAUGGUCUGUGGUGUUCCCCUAUUCUGGAGUAUUGUUGAAGAAUGGGCCCAGGUGGAAUCAUUCCAAGCGAGGCCAGAUGACCUUCUCAUUUCCACCUACCCGAAAUCAGGCACUACAUGGAUGAGUGAAAUUGUGGACAUGAUUCUGAACGAUGGAGAUCCUGACAAAUGCAAGAGGGAUGCAAUUUUCAACAAAGUGCCCAUGUUGGAAUUUGCUGCCCCUGGAAAGAUGCCACCAGGUACAGAGAAACUGGCCGAGAAGUCAUCUCCUCGUUUAGUGAAAACCCACCUCCCAGUCCAGCUCCUUCCAAUGUCCUUCUGGGAAAAUGGCUGCAAGAUGAUCUAUGUUGCCCGAAAUGCCAAAGAUGUAGCUGUCUCCUUCUACCAUUUUGACCUGAUGAACAAGCUGCAUCCAGACCCCGGCACGUGGGAGCAAUACAUUGAGAAAUACAUGGCAGGCAGAGUUGCGUAUGGUUCCUGGUAUGACCAUGUGAAAGGCUGGUGGGAGAAGAGAAAGGACCAUCCCAUUUUAUACCUGUUCUAUGAGGACAUGAAAGAGGAUCCAAAGCGUGAAAUUCGCAAGGUGAUGCAUUUCCUGGGGAAGGAUCUGAAGGAAGAGGUUCUGGACAGGAUCGUCUAUCACACUUCAUUUGAAAUGAUGAAAGAGAAUCCCACCACAAAUUAUAAGAUGACCCCAAAUGAUGUUAUGGAUCAAAGCAUCUCCCCUUUCAUGCGUAAAGGGAUUGCUGGGGACUGGAAGAAUCACUUUACUGUGGCCCAGAAUGAGACAUUCAAUGAAGAUUACGAGAGGAAAAUGGCUGGGACCAACCUGCAGUUCCGAACAGAGAUCUGAAGGAGCCUGGCAUCUUAGUGCUGUAGUUCUAAUUCACGGUUCUCUGUCGUUUCU